UCUUUUUCACUGCAACUAUGCUGUCUUAUUCAACCCCACCUCCUCUCUACCUGAGCCUCCUUCUCUUUCUGUCCUGCAACUCCCCUGUUCUUUCCUGUCAGACUGGAAACUACGUCCAGUGCAAGGCUGCUCCUUUUAUACCAGGUCACAACCUGGUGGGGGAGGGAUUUGACGUGGUCACUCUGCGACGAAAGGGAGCCUAUAUGAUUGAUGUGGAUACCUACUUCACCCCAAGUGAAACAUGUACUCUCUGCUCCAACCCGCUUCAAGGCAACGUGCUGCAAAAACUGCCAGUCUCUGCAGUGGACUGGCGUGCAUUCAGCCGAUGCAGUGCUGACAUUUACAGCAGUGCCCACAGCUCUGUUAGCUCUCUGGUUGACACUUACACCUCCCAGGACAGUACUGACUGGAAGGUUGGCCUAAAUUUAGAGAAGUUUGUGGCUGCUAGCCUGGAUGUGGGAGGAACGCAAUCCACUGCCUAUAACUUUGCUUCAAAAAGGACAAAAGAGGACCGCCACACCUUCAGCACACACAGGGUCACCUGCAACCAUUACAUUUACCGAGUAUCAGACAGACCGCCUCUCAGCCCUGAGUUCAGCUCGGCUGUAGCUAAGCUACCAAGAUGCUACAACAGCUUCACCAGAGCUCAGUACAGUCAGCUCAUACACACCUAUGGCACGCACUACAUCCGCCAGGUUCACCUUGGUGGUCGACUAAGGCGAGUCACAGCUGCACGAACCUGUCUGUCCUCACUGAACGGACUCACCUCAAAUCAGGUCCACUCCUGUUUGUCGCUGGGUUUCUCUGUCGGCUUGGGAAAGAGCCAACUAUCUGGUAACAGAGACUCUUGCAACAAGGUCCUACAAACCAGGACACUGAAGGAUCACCCAGAUGUUGUUUCCUACUCCCUUCGGCCAAUCUACGAGCUGAUGACAAAUGAUGCGCAAAAGACAGGGAUGAAAGCUGCCAUUGAGCAGUACUUAGAGGACAAUGCUGUGAAAAAAUCGCCCAGUGAGCCAAACUGUGGUUCAAACGUUCCUAAUCUGGCUUCCAACUGCUGUCCUCUGCAAGCCUGGAGGGGGACGCUAAGGGUUACCAUUGUGCGAGCCUGGGACCUGAAAGGAGAUCCAACUGGCCAGACGAGGGGUGAAUAG